CCCGUUUAGCUUCCCCCAUCUUUCCUCAAUUUACACCACCAAAGAGCUAAGAUUACCAUGCUUCGGCAGCCACGACAAACUGGAGAUGAGAUAUGGAAGACAAAAGUGGAUAAAAUUAGCGCCGAACUUUUUACGCUGACGUACGGUUCAGUCGUGGCGCAACUCAUGAAAGAUCACGAAAACUAUAUAGAAGUAAAUAAGCACUUGGAGAAGAUGGGAUAUAAUAUCGGAGUACGGUUGAUUGAAGAUUUCCUGGCAAAAUCUGGUACUACCAAGUGCGGUGACUUUCGGGAAACGGCAGAUACAAUAGCAAAAAUUGGCUUCAAAAUAUUCCUCGGUAUAUCACCCACUGUAACAAACUGGUCCGCAGACUCCAAAGAAUUCUCCCUAGUCCUCGAAGAUAACCCGCUUUCAGAUUUCGUGGAACUUCCAGAGGAUGCCGUGACCGAAUUGUGGUAUUCCAAUGUUUUGUGCGGGGUACUACGAGGGGCCUUAGAAAUGGUUCACAUGCAAGUGGAGGUGGCAUUCGUCAGUGACAUCCUACGAGGGGAUGACUUAACGGAGAUGCGCGUAAAGCUGGUCAAAUAUCUAGAGGAGGAGGUGCCAGCAGGAGAAGAUUGAUCUGUUUUGUCGUUCAUACAAAAAGCAAAUACAAAAGUUAACAUAUGAACUGACUGCUCAGCUCGAGUCAGAAAGAUUUGCCCGCGGCUAUGCUA